GUUAAAACCCGCCAAUCAAACUAACCUCACAAGUCAAAAUUACACACCCAAAAAAGUCAACCCCCCUUCCUCUUCAUCAUAAUUGAUAAUUCUUCUCCCAAACCGCCACAAUCAAAUUCCGAUCAUGAAUCCAUUCCUCACACUUACCCUCAUCUUCCUCGCCUUAUCACAAUCAGUACUAUCAGAAGAUGACGUACAGUGCUUACGUGGCAUCCAACGUUCCUUCAGCCAGCAAUCAGAGAUCGCCGCGUGGAACUUCUCAAACACCACGCGCGGUUUCAUCUGCAGCUUCUUCGGCGUCACGUGCUGGAACGAUCAGGAAAACCGGCUGAUUUCGCUCACGCUUCGUGAUUUCUCGCUUUCCGGUUCGAUUCCUCCGGAUAUUAAGUAUUGUAAAAGUUUACAGAAUCUAGAUCUGUCAGGUAAUAAUCUGUCCGGUUCAAUUCCUUCAGAUAUUUGUAGCUGGUUGCCUUUUUUAGUAACUAUUGAUUUGUCUAAUAAUCAAUUUAGUGGUGGAAUUCCUGAUAGUUUAGGUAACUGUACCUAUAUGAAUACUGUUUUAUUAUCCGGAAAUAAGUUAACCGGUAGUAUUCCGUCGCGGCUUUCUAAUUUAGGAAGGUUAAGUAAGUUUUCGGUUGCGGAUAAUCAACUAUCCGGAAGUAUUCCGUCCACUUUGUCGCAGUUUGAUAGCGAGAAUUUUGAAGGAAAUGAUGGUUUGUGUGGUAAGCCGUUGAGUACGUGUGGCGGUUUGAGUAAGAAGAAUGUUACGAUUAUUGUUGCGGCAGGUGUGUUUGGGGCGGUUGUGGCGGUUUUGUUAGGGUUAGGGUUGUGGUGGUGGUAUGCUAGGAAAGGAAGUAGGAAGAGAAAGAGUGGUGUUGAUAGAGAUCAGGAAGAUAGGGAUAGUAGUAGUUGGGCGGAUAGGUUGAGAAGUUAUAAGCUUGUUCAGGUUUCGUUGUUUCAGAAACCGCUUGUGAAGGUUAAGCUUGUGGAUUUGAUGAUUGCUACGAAUAAUUUUAGUAGAGAGAAUGUUAUUGUGUCGAGUAAGACUGGGACAACGUAUAGGGCUGUGUUGUCGGAUGGUUCUGCACUUGCAAUUAAGAGGCUUAAUACUUGUAAGCUUAAUGAGAGGAUGUUUAGAGUGGAGAUGAGCAGAUUAGGUCAGCUUAGACAUCCUAAUUUGACUCCUUUGUUGGGUUUUUGUAUGGCGGAAGAUGAGAAACUUUUGGUUUAUAAGUAUAUGUCGAAUGGGACUUUGUCGUCGGUGUUGCAUAAGAAUGGAAGUUUGCUGGAUUGGCCUACUAGGUUAAGGAUUGCUAUAAGUGCAGCAAGAGGGCUUGCUUGGCUUCAUCAUGGAUGUCGCCCUGCCAUCUUGCUUCAAGAUGUUAGCUCCGAUGCUAUAUUCUUAGAUGAGGAUUAUAACGCGAGAAUAGUUGACUUUGGAUUGGCCAGGCUUUUGACUUACUCCCCGGAGGAAUCAAAUGGGGGUACCUAUGUUAGUGGGGAUCUUAGUGAGUACUCAAAUGCCAUGCUUCCUUCUGCAAAAGGCGAUACUUAUGGUUUUGGUGUAAUGCUUAUGGAGUUGGCAACUGGGCAGCAACCUCUCGUAGUAGCUGCUGCUGAAGAAGGGUUUAAGGGUAAUCUAGUAGACUGGGUGAAACAACUCUCUAGCUCUGGGCGAAUUGAGGAUGCCAUUGAUAAAAAUAUUUGUGGUACAGGUCAUGAUGAUGAAAUUGUCCAAGUUCUUCGAAUUGCAGGUAAUUGUGUGGCUCCCCAGCCCAGUGUGAGAUGGUCAAUGUACCGGGUUUCUGAAGCAUUGAGCAGCAUGUCACCAGAACUUGGUCUCUCGCAACAUUUUGAUGAGUUUCCACUUCUUUUUAACUUGCAUGACGAGACUGUGUGAGAUUUGGUGCUGAAAAUGUGGGGAUAAGCUUUGACCUUGAUAUGAACGGGAUUGUGUGAGCUAUUGUAAAUUAUGUACUUUGUAUUAUUUUUCUCUGUUGUAAUUUAUUCAAUGUCUGUCAUAUAUAACUGUAUAAUAUUAGAAUAGAGCUUCUGAAACUGUUGUCCUGUAUCUCUUUACAAAAUCAAUCUUUUGGUAUCA